AUGAUAGUCGUCCCAGGUCACGACGGCUCGCCAGAUGGCGUCGAGCUCGAAACACAUCCCACAGCUCAGAAACUGGCUGCACGAUCACUGGAGUUCUUGAAGGAGAUAAAGACUUGUAAGCUGGAUCAACUACACAUGAUUUCUCACAAUGACUCACGAUCUGUUAGCACACCCGGCCAAGCCCUCGAGAAACGGCUCAACACCGACUACGGCCCCGGCAACGAGUACUACGAAGACUUCUGCACUCUCAUCAAAGAAGGUCUGGAAGAAGGAUGGGUAGCAACACACGAGAUCGAUGGGCCUAAGUAUCGUCGUGGGAGGAUCAUGCUCCCUUGCCCCGAAAAUCUCUACAUGUCCCUCACAGCCGUCUACUUCGACUCGCAAGAAGAAUUCUCAGGUCAAUACCACAAACAUCCCUACGGCGAGAUCAACUGCGUGGUCCCAAUUGACGAGACAUUUGAGCUGGAGGGUUUGCCGGUGGGGGAGAAUUGGAGGGGCAGGGGAUGGACUAGUCCUGGGCCGGGCACGCAUCAUUAUCCACGCAGUCGCGGUGGAAGGGUUGUGGCGUUCUUCUUCUUGGCGAGCGGGAGGAUCGCGUAUGAUGCGAAGCCGGAGGAACCGCAGCCGGUUGCGUACUAA